GGUGGCUUCUUCUUCUUUAGUUCAUCGGAGAAAUUUUAGGGUUUAUAUCGCCGAACGGAAAAAAUGGGUACUUCGGUGCAAGUUACUCCUCUCUGCGGAGUUUACAACGAGAAUCCUCUUUCCUACUUAGUCUCCAUUGAUGGUUUCAAUUUCCUCAUCGACUGUGGUUGGAACGAUCUCUUUGACACAUCGCUUCUCGAACCUCUCUCCAGGGUUGCUUCUAGUAUAGAUGCAGUUUUGCUUUCUCAUCCAGAUACACUUCAUCUUGGUGCUCUUCCUUAUGCUAUGAAGCAGCUUGGACUCUCUGCUCCUGUUUAUGCUACUGAGCCUGUUCAUAGACUAGGUCUCCUUACAAUGUAUGAUCAGUUUUUAUCCAGGAAGCAAGUAUCCGAUUUUGAUCUGUUUACAUUGGAUGACAUUGAUUCUGCUUUCCAGAAUGUGAUUAGAUUGACGUACUCUCAAAAUUACCAUCUUUCUGGAAAGGGAGAGGGUAUUGUAAUUGCGCCUCAUGUUGCUGGACAUAUGCUGGGAGGUAGCAUUUGGAGGAUAACGAAGGAUGGGGAGGAUGUUAUAUAUGCUGUUGACUACAAUCAUCGGAAAGAAAGGCAUUUAAAUGGAACUGUUUUACAGUCUUUUGUUCGGCCUGCUGUUCUGAUAACCGAUGCAUAUCAUGCUCUUUAUACCAAUCAAACUGCAAGACAGCAAAGGGACAAAGAAUUUCUAGAUACCAUUUCAAAACAUCUUGAAGUUGGGGGCAAUGUUCUAUUACCAGUAGACACUGCAGGUCGAGUGCUGGAACUUCUCUUGAUACUUGAACAGCAUUGGUCACAAAGAGGUUUCAGCUUUCCCAUUUACUUUCUCACGUACGUGUCAUCUAGCACAAUUGACUAUGUUAAGAGUUUCCUCGAGUGGAUGAGUGACUCCAUUUCAAAGUCCUUUGAGACUUCACGUGAUAAUGCCUUUCUAUUGAGGCAUGUCACUCUCUUGAUAAACAAGACUGAUCUGGAUAAUGCUCCACCUGGUCCAAAGGUUGUUCUUGCUUCCAUGGCCAGUCUCGAAGCAGGUUUUGCUCGUGAGAUAUUCGUGGAGUGGGCAAAUGAUCCCAGAAAUUUAGUCCUCUUUACUGAAACAGGCCAGUUUGGCACUUUAGCUCGCAUGCUUCAGUCAGCCCCACCUCCCAAAUUUGUUAAAGUCACCAUGUCUAAGAGGGUUCCUUUGGCUGGGGAAGAGUUGAUUGCAUAUGAAGAAGAGCAAAACAGACUGAAAAGGGAAGAAGCUUUGCGAGCUAGCCUUGUCAAAGAGGAGGAAACAAAAGCUUCCCAUGGAUCCGAUGAUAAUUCAAGUGAACCUAUGGUCAUAGAUACCAAGACUACUCACGAUGUUGUUGGUUCUCACGGGCCUGCAUAUAAAGAUAUAUUGAUUGAUGGAUUUGUUCCCCCAUCCAGCAGCGUAGCUCCAAUGUUCCCAUUUUAUGAUAACACAUCUGAAUGGGACGACUUUGGGGAGAUUAUCAAUCCAAAUGACUACGUGAUCAAGGAUGAAGACAUGGACCGAGGAACAAUGCAUAACGGAGGUGAUGUGGACGGAAGGCUUGAUGAGGUAACUGCUAGUCUCAUGCUUGAUACAAGACCUUCGAAAGUCAUUUCCAAUGAGCUCAUUGUGACUGUUAGUUGUUCACUUGUUAAAAUGGACUAUGAAGGUCGGUCAGAUGGCCGCUCAAUCAAGUCUAUGAUUGCGCAUGUUUCUCCUCUUAAACUUGUUUUGGUGCACGCAAUAGCUGAGGCUACAGAGCAUUUGAAGCAACACUGCUUGAACAACAUCUGUCCACACGUGUACGCUCCUCAAAUAGAGGAAACUGUGGAUGUGACUUCUGAUUUAUGUGCUUACAAGGUCCAACUUUCUGAAAAGCUGAUGAGCAAUGUGAUCUUCAAGAAGCUGGGAGAUUCAGAAGUAGCUUGGGUGGAUUCUGAAGUAGGGAAGACAGAGAGCGACAUGAGAUCUCUACUACCGAUGGCAGGCGCUGCUUCUCCACACAAACCUGUUCUAGUAGGUGAUCUGAAAAUCGCAGACUUCAAGCAGUUUCUGUCAAGCAAGGGUGUUCAGGUAGAAUUUGCAGGUGGAGGAGCUUUACGUUGUGGUGAAUAUGUCACUCUACGAAAGGUUGGCCCGACUGGUCAAAAGGGGGGAGCAUCAGGUCCACAGCAAAUUCUGAUAGAAGGACCGUUGUGUGAAGACUAUUAUAAAAUCAGGGAUUAUCUCUAUUCUCAGUUCUACCUCCUCUAAGCAUGAUCUAGAAUCUAGAUAAACAAUGUAGCUUCUUCUCACUUUGUCAACACUUUUCAACCACUCAACAUGUAGUAAUCUCGUAUAGUUAUUGCUUUGAAGGAGAUUUUAAUGCAUGAUUUAGAAUCUAGCGUUAAAAAGUAAAACGAUAACUCUUCU